AUAAGAAGGGUGACCCAGAGACAGAGAGACUCAGAGUCGAAAGACGCUCAUCCAGCCCAGCGAUGCCCAGUAGUACCCCAAGCACCAACGGAAUCAUGCCUGAAGUGAAGAAAGCAGGAAGAAAAGGAUCAAAAGCAGAAGCAAAUACCGCAGUCGCAGAAAAGGCACCUCCAUAUGAUCCCAACAUCACUGAACCCAACACCAGAGCUGAGCUGAUGAAAUACUGGAUUAAUCUCUCUCUGGACGACCGAACUGCUCAGAAAAUGUUGUGGCUCUCAGAAGGUGGAUCCAAAGUGUCACGUAUGACAGAAGAAGUGUGUCCUGUUCUAGACAGGCCAGAGAGAUACGAACAUUCACCACAGGUGCUGUGUAAGGAGGGUUUUCUGGGCAGUCGUGGGUACUGGGAGGUGGACUACGAGGGCUGGGUGGUGAUUGGGGCAGCCUGUGAAAGCGCAGGGAGGAAGGCUAAAGAUGGUGCGUGUGGACUGGGAGAGAAUGACCUGUCAUGGGGUGUGGGCUGGGCCGGGUCCUGCUACCAUGUCUGGCACAACGGAGAAAACGUCGAAUUCCAGGCUACCCUCUGUCCCACCAUCGGCAUCUACGCUGACCAGCCAGCUGGCAUUAUCAAGUUUUUCCUGGUCGAGGAUGGCGAGAACGGCUCCAAGGAGGCCAAACUGAUCCAUCGGUUUGCAACCAGUUUCAAAGAGAAGCUCAUCCCUGGUUUCUGGGUGGGCAGAAACUCCUACUGCUGCAUCCGAAAGAAGGAUCAGUAGGAAGAGGAGGAGGGGUUGGAGGGAAACAGGGUAAGGGUGAUGUGAGAAGGAGGAUAGGAAAGUUUGAGAAAGAGCAAUGAGGAGUAACACACACAAAAAAUUACAAAAAAACAUAAUACUAAAACUGUAAACAGAGACUUGCAUUCUAAACCUGAAUCUGCCUGUUAGUAAACACUAGGUUGAUUCAAAAUGUAGUGUUUUAGUAUUUUAACCAGCAAUUGAAUUGGUGUAGCAUUAAACUUUAUACUAAUUAUUAUAUAGUCACUGUAUUAAUUUUAUAUUCCAUGUGAUGACAAAGGCAGAUACUGUAGGAAGUAUUUCUCUCUGUAUCCUAAUAAACGAUUUCAAAAAAAUAAUGUGUGAUAUAUGAGUGGUGUGGUGUUUUUUUUUGUUUAGUUCUAUUUUUAAUUGCUGCCAUGUCUGUAAAACAAAGUAAAGGUCUUG